CGCAAAGGUUGGGACUUGAAGUACCCAAAGAUGGAAAAACACGUUGUAAGUGCUACUUGCAAAAAGGGUUGUGAAUGGUAUAUUCGAGCAUCAGCAAUCAUGAAGGGUGAUACAUUUCAAAUUUAAACACUUAAAGGAGGACACAUAUGUGCUCAUAUGACAACAAACUCACAAGCAGAUUUUCGGUACUUGGACAAAAGAAUUAUGAAUUACGUGAAAGACAAUCCUGGAGAGUCUCUGAAAUCUUUACGGAGGAAAAUCCGACGAGAUGUUGAAGUGGAUGUAAGCAUCCAUAAAGUUUAUCGAGCAAAGCAACAUGCUAUAGAUCUGUUGAAAGGGGAUAUUAAAGAGCAGUACAAUAGACUGUAUGAUUACUGUGAGACAGUAUGCAAACACAACCCUGGUAGUUCUUGUGUAUUGAAAGUAGAUCGAGAGCUAACUCCUCCAAUACUGCAGAGAAUGUAUGUUUGUUUAAAACCUCUUUCAGAUGGUUUUAAAGUGGUGUGUAGGCCAAUUAUUGGAUUAGAUGGUUGUUUCUUAAAGGGGUUGUAUAAGGGGCAGCUUCUAACUGCAACAACAAUGGACGAGAAUAACAAUAUCUAUCCGAUAGCAAUGGCAUUUGUUGAGGUCGAAAAGUUUGACAGCUGGGAUUGGUUCUUGAAUUUGUUAUUUAGAGACAUUGGAGAAGCUCGAGAGGGUAAAUGGUCAUUCUUGUCUGACAGACAAAAAGGUCCGAUUGAGGCAUUAGGAAAGCAUGCGCCAGAUGUUGAGCAUCAUUUUUGUCUACGUCAUAUGUACAAUAACUUCAAGAUGAAGUUUAAAGGAUUGGAGUUGAAGAGGUUAUUUUGGAAGGCAGCCUCAACAUACAAUAUCAACGAGCACAAGAGAACCAUGAAAGAAAUAUUGAAGUGUAAUCCAAAAGUAAAUGAGAAUAAAAAUGCAUUUGAGUGGUUGUCCGACAUUCCGGAACAUCAAUGGGCAAGGUCUUAUUUUCCGACAAGAACUAAGUGUGAUGUUUUGGUCAACAACACUAGUGAGUCCUUUAAUCACUAUAUCAUGGCUGCCCGCGAUCUCCCAAUCAUUGAAAUGUUUGAAUGGAUUAGAAGGAAGAGCAUGACCCGCAUCCAAAUUAAGAGGGAAGGAAUGGAGAAAUAUGAUGGCUCAAUCUGUCCAAACAUUGUGAAGAAGAUUGAGGUGCAAAGAAAGGAAAGUAGGAACUGUUUCCCGAGUUGGGCAGGUGAGGACAAAUUCGAGAUCAUGCAUUUGCAAUCAAAUCAUGUUAUUCAUCUUAAGUCGAAGAGUUGCACUUGUGGUAUGUUUCAGUUAGUGGGAUACCCUUGUUGUCAUGCCAUUGCUGCCCUGGACAUGCAUAGACAGGAUCCAUUGGAGUUUGUGGAUGUCUACUUCAGCAAACAGAUGUACCUAUACUUGUACAGCCACAUAAUCAGUCCAGUACCUGGAAUGCAUGACUUUGAGAAGUCCUCUCUUGGAAUUGUUAAUCCUCCAAUUAUAAAAAAAUGAGCUGGCAAGCCAAAAAAAGCGCGACGGCCUGAUGCAAAUGAUAUCAAAGAUUCAUCGAAGGCAACAAGAAAAGGGUUAACUCAUACUUGUGCUAUAUGCCAUAAGCAAGGCCAUAACAAAAGAAGCUGCAAAAAAACACCACACCCAAAUUCCAGAUUUGCAAAGGGACAAGGUGAAUUAUCUGCUGAUGUUGAUGGUCCAGCUCGGCCCGAACAGACCAUGACCUGUGAUGGACAUGCCCGACGAUUUUGUAAAAGAAAGAUGACUCACAGUAGCGCACAAGACACAAGAGUAUCUUCACCAAUGCAUGCUCAGGAGGACCCUCAAACUGCUAUUCCUGGAAAAAUUGGGACAGAUGUUCAGGCCACAAUUUCUACGCAAUCAACCGGCCAAGUUAGGACAAAAGCUACCGAUUUCGAUCAAAGUCAAACAAAAGAGCAGCCCUCAAAACUUCCUCGAAAAUCAAAAAAACCCAUAUCGAUGUUCUGAAGCCAAGGAAAUGUGAUUACCACAUUCAGCUCUCAAUCUUUAACGGUUUUGCCACGUCUAAAUGUUAGAACUCAACUAGUUGGAUCAUCACUUGCAUCCAGGUUACGUGCAUUAAGGUUCUCUAACAAGCCAAGACAACCUCAUACCUCGCAUCAAGGAAGUAAUGGUCCAAGGCGUGUUGCUAGUUCUGAACUGGAGUCGUGAUUGUAUUAAAUAGUGUUAAAUAUUUGUUGUUAGUUAGACAAUGGCAUAGUCUUCUCGUAUAUGGUUUUUUUUGGGUGAUUUGGUUGCAAAUUGGCACGUAGUUUGUGUCAAUUUGAAGUAUGUUUUUUGUGUUACCUGCCAAGUUAUUACACCUUCAAACAUGUGACAUCAUGUGCUGUGAUUUUGAAGUAUGUUUUUUGUGUUACAUGCCAGGUUAU